AUGUCACAGGAUCAGCGCGAGGAAUGGCUGCGUGGCUCACGGAUGCAGGCCAUGCGAGCAGCUAGGGAGAAGCUGCCGGCGCACACCAAGAGAGCGCAGUUGCUUGAGGCCCUGAAGCGGCAGCGGGUGGUCAUUGUGAGCGGGGCGACCGGAUGCGGCAAAAGCACGCAGCUGCCGCAAUACGUUCUGGAACAGGCGAUAGAGGAGGGGUGUGGCGGCGGCUGCAACAUAGUGGUGACUCAGCCGCGGCGCAUUUCGGCGGUGGGAGUGGCGUCCCGGGUGGCGGCCGAGCGCGGCGAGGGCAUUGGUGACGUCGUUGGUUACUCAGUGCGCCUCGACUCGCGCACCUCGCGCCGCACGCGCCUGCUCUUCUGCACCACCGGCGUGCUGCUACGGCGGCUGCUGGGUGACUCAUCCCUGGCCGGCACAACGCACGUAGUUGUAGACGAGGUCCACGAGCGCUCGGCAGACUCCGAUCUGUUACUACUGCUUCUGCGCGACCUGCUGGCGAGCGGCUGCAACCCCCAGCUGCGCGUGGUGCUCAUGUCUGCCACUGCUGAGGCCGGCCUGUUCCAAUCCUACUUUGACGCUGAGCUGGCCAAGGGCUCGAGUGCAUGCGCGCUGGUGAGCAUCCCCGGAUUCACGCACCCGGUGCAGGACUUCUUCCUGGAGGAUGUCCUUGAGCGCACCGGCUUUGUUAUCGGCCGCGGCUCCAAGUGGGCAAAGAAGGGGAAGGCGGAGGCGCGCCCAAAACCAAAUGGGGCGGCAGCUGCCGAGCGUGAAAUGGACGAUGAUCAGUCCUUGAAGUGCAAUGUGGCAGGCUCUAAUGAGGAGGCAACGCCCCAGUACAGCGCGGCCACGCUGCGGUCGCUGAGCAAUGUGGACGAGGCGCUGAUCAACUACGAGCUGCUGGAGAGCCUGGUGGCCCACGUGGUGUCCAGUCAGCAGCCUGACAGCGCCGCAAAUGCAAUCCUCAUCUUCCUGCCGGGAGCCCCUGAGAUUUCCAAGCUCGUGCGAGCACUGCAGGGCUCCUCUAAGCUGAGGAGUGGGGCUUCAGGCCAAGAGCUGCGCAUCCUGCCGCUCCACGGAUCUUUGCCUGCAAAGCAGCAGUCGCGGGUGUUUCAGAAGGUGGGCCCAGGCACGCGCAAAAUCGUGGUGGCCACAAAUGUGGCAGAAACGAGCAUCACCAUCGAUGACGUCGUGUGUGUCAUCGACUGCGGACGGGUCAAGGAGAUCAGGUAUGAUGCGGAGCGGAGCAUAUCGCGGCUGCAGGAGAUGUGGGCUUCUGCGGCCAGCGGCCAGCAGAGGCGCGGCCGAGCCGGGCGAGUGCGGCCCGGCACCUGCUUCCGCCUCUUCUCCAGAAAACAGGCCGCCGCCUUCCAGGCGCAGCAGCUGCCAGAGGUUCUGCGCAUGCCGCUGGAAUCUCUCUGCCUCUCGGUGAAGGCCGCACUGCCGAGCGCACACCGUCUGCAGUAUGCGCUCGGCCGGCUCAUCUCCCCGCCGGCGCUGGAUGCGAUAGCAUCGGCGGUAUCCGCGCUUACUACCCUCGGAGCGCUGGAUGAUGACGAGGCGCUGACUGCGCUGGGGCGUCACCUGACUCUGAUGCCGAUGGACGCGCGGCUCGCCAAGACGCUCAUUUACGCCGUCAUGCUCAGGUGUGUGGGCCCAGUGCUGACGGUGGUGGCGGCAAUGGCGCAUGGGCGGCCGGUGUUCCAGUCGCCGCCAGAUAGGCGCGAGGAGGCUGAGCUGGCAAAGAAGCGACUUACCGGUGACUCAGCGGCCGCCCGCAGCGACCACCUGGCGCUCGUUGCCGCCUUCUCCGAGUGGAACCGGGCCCGCACCAAGGACGGCCGCCAGGCUGCCUACCAGUGGGCUUCCCAGAACUUUGUGUCGGACGCUGCGAUGGAGGGAACGCUGCAGGGCCGCGCCGAGUACGCAGGGAUUCUUGCCGACCUGGGUUUUUUGCCUGUCAGCUACGUGGCCUCCUGCCGAAACAGCGCUCACGACCUGGACUCUCACUAUGACGAGUGCUCUUUGAAUGCGCGCGUCAUCAAGGCAGCCAUCUGCGCUGGCUUCUAUCCCAACAUUCUGCGUGUGGACCACCCGCCGGCCGUCACAGUGAUUGCAACUCCAUUAUUUGGUGCAGGGCGCGUGUUCAUCCACCCGGCCUCGGUCAACUUCAGCUGCGGCAGUUUCCCCAGCGGCUGGCUCCUCUACACAGACGUAACAGAGACGAGCAAGGUUUUUGUGCGCGAAGCUUCCAUGGUGCCGGUGUACGCUCUGCUGCUAUUUGGGGGCGCGCUGACUGUGCACCAUGCAGACGGCCUGAUCAGGCUCGAUUCCUGGGCCACCUUCAAGGCCCCUGCGCAGAUCGCCGCCCUGGUGAACGGCCUGCGGAAGGAGAUUGUUCACCUGCUGCUGAGGAAAAUCGAGGAUCCUUCAUUUGAUUUGUCAGCCAGCAAGGUUGUGGAAGCCGUGCUGAAGCUGCUUGUACAUGAUGGCUUCUAG